AGAGAGCUGGAAGCAAGCAGGACGCAUAGUCUGACACCGGGGCUGGCCGCCAAAGGAAGGGAAAGAUGGUCAAGGAAACCGAGUAGGCCGGGUACGCGGGGUGACAGCAAGGAGAGUCCGCAGCCAGCAGCUGCCGAGCAGCCCUACACCUUAUGCGCGGACACAGCCGGCAGGAGAGUGAGGACGCGCCGGGCACUGAGCGCUGGCCCCGCUGGGGCGCAGGGGUGACAUGUCCCACGAGCGGCCACCGCGCACGGACAUCCCCCGCAACCUGAGCUUUAUAGCAGCAUUGACCGAGCGCGCGUACUACCGCAGCCAGCGGCCCAGCCUCGAGGAGGAGUCGGAGGAGGAGCCCGGGGAGGGCGGGACCCGGCCGGGCGCCCGCUCGCGGGCUCACGUUCCGGGUCGGGGGCGCAGGGCCCGCUCUGCGCCCGCGGGUGGUGGCGGGGCGCGGACAGCUCGCAGCCGCAGCCCUGACACUCGCAAGAGAGUGCGUUUCGCCGACGCGCUGGGGCUGGAGCUGGCCGUGGUCCGGCGCUUCCGCCCGGGGGAACCGCCUCGGGUUCCCCGACACGUGCAGGUGCAACUGCAGAGGGACGCCCUGCGCCACUUCGCGCCGUGCCCGCCGCGCGCCCGCAGCCUCCAGGAGGCGCGCGUCGCCCUGGAGCCAGCCCUGGAUCCCGGCUUCGCCGCCCGGCUGCAGGCGCAGCGCAUCUGCCUGGAGCGCGCAGAUGCGGGCCCUCUGGGCGUGGCCGGGAGCGCGCGCGUGCUGGACCUGGCCUACGAGAAGCGUGUGAGCGUGCGCUGGAGCGCGGACGGCUGGCGCAGCCUGCGGGAAUCGCCCGCCUCCUACGCCGGUCCUGCUCCGUCCCCGCCUCGGGCUGACCGCUUCGCCUUCCGCCUGCCCGCGCCUCCGGUCGGCGGAGCGUUGCUCUUCGCCCUUCGCUACCGGGUUACCGGCCGCGAGUUCUGGGACAACAACGGCGGCCGUGACUACGCGCUUCUUGGGCCCGAGCACCCUGGCGGUGCCGGAGCCGCGGAGCCCCAGGGCUGGAUCCAUUUUAUUUGAGACUAGGCUCCUACAGGCCACAGCAGGGAAAAAGCGGGGGUAACCAGGCGUGGGGGGAGGCUGUGGCGCCAGGAACCAGCGAACCACAAUUGGCAGAUGGGCGGAGAGCGGUACCAGAGUCAAGCAGAGGUGGCUGGAAACCGCCUGUGAAACUCAAGAGAUUGGGGAGGAUAACAUCAGGUGGGCAUAAGUGGAAGGGACUUGAAAGGUCAAGAAGCCUCCUUGGGCUGGGAAGCUUUAUGGAUUGAGGAGCCUUGAUGUAUAAAGUCCAGCCCAGGAAGUCAUUCGGAUUGCUUCCCUCUAACUGGCCUUAACCACCCCACGUCCCUGUAUCCUGCCCAUCCUAGCUUCAUCUGAGCCGAAAUUGCCUUGCUUAACCCCAGGAAUUUGACCAUUCCCCUCUGGCAGUAUGACAGGAUUCCCUUGUCUCCCAGCAGUUGGUGGCUUCAGUCUUCAAGGACAGGGAUUGCGGGGGGGGGGGGGGGGGGGGGGGGGGGGGGGGGGCAGUUUGUUCUUUUUGAGUUCCUUCAGCCACCAGGCAAGCAACGACUGUGGCAAAAGUAAUUCCUACCAUGCCCUUGUAGCCAAAUAGUGAGGCAUCUAAGGAAGGGGUUCACAUAGGCUUCCAGAAAAAUGAAAGCCAGCCUUACUUUUCUGGGUGUCCUCUUAAAACCUCCAAGCACUUUAUGUCAAGGGACAGUGAAUCACGAAAAUCCCUACUGAUUUAUUCUUUGUGCCUCUUAAAAAGAGGAAACCACUGAGGAUCUGUGUGAUUGAGCUGAUUUCUUUGUCUUUGGGCUCCGUUUUCCUCUGUGAGAAAGUGGAGUUAGGUGGUUCCCUAGAGCCUCCUCCUGCUCUUCCUCCUCCUCCUUCUCUCCUUCUCCUCCUUCCCCUUCUCUCUCUUUCUUAAGGCUACCUUUCUUCUGGCUACCUUUUCUUAGGACUAUUUUUUUGUUGUUGUUGU